GGGGGCGGGACCGGGAAGCGUUUCCGGGGGGCGGGAGGCUCCGGCGGAAACUGUCCCCGCGGUGGCGGCGGAGACUAAGGCCUUGGUGCGGUCGGUUUGGACGCUCCAGUAGGCUGGAGCUGCGAGCGCGGAGCCCUCGGCAGAUUGCUCUUUAAUGGCCAUGGCAUAAGGAACAGUAUCACCAGGAAGAUAGCUUUGCACUGGGGAGAUGCGAGCAAACGAGUAUUCAUCCCAGAUAGGGCACCAAGGACAGAACAGAGUACGAUUCCACCAAAGUCCAACUUGGCGAACCACACUGAACAGAAUUGGUGAUGAAAUGGAGCCUGGAACAAACUCUUUUCGAGUAGAGUUUCCAGAUUUUUCCAGUACCAUUCUUCAGAAACUAAACCAGCAGCGACAACAAGGACAGUUAUGUGACGUCUCCAUUGUAGUCCAAGGCCACAUUUUCCGGGCACACAAAGCCGUUCUUGCUGCCAGUUCACCCUACUUUUGUGACCAAGUACUCCUAAAAAACAGUAGGAGAAUUGUUUUGCCUGAUGUGAUGAACCCAAGAGUGUUUGAGAACAUUCUUCUAUCUAGCUACACAGGACGCCUUGUGAUGCCUGCUCCAGAAAUUGUUAGUUACUUAACAGCAGCCAGCUUCCUGCAGAUGUGGCAUGUGGUGGACAAGUGCACUGAGGUUCUGGAGGGAAACCCCACAGUUCUGUGUCAGAAACUAAAUCAUGGCAUUGACCACCAGUCUCCCAGUAGCAGUAACUACAAUGGCCUGGUAGAGAGCUUUGAGCUGGGCUCUGCGGGGCAUACUGACUUCCCCAAAGCACAGGAACUGAGGGAUGGUGAGAAUGAAGAGGAAAGCACCAAAGAUGAGCUGUCAUCUCAGCUCACUGAGCAAGAGUACUUGCCCAGUAACUCGUCCACAGAGCAUGACCGACUGAGCACCGAGAUGGCAAGCCAGGAUGGGGAGGAGGGGGCCAGCGACAGCGCUGAGUUCCACUACACCCGGCCUCUGUACAGCAAGCCCAGCAUAAUGGCUCACAAACGCUGGAUCCACGUGAAGCCUGAGCGCCUGGAACAGGCGUGUGAGGGCAUGGAUGUCCAUGCGGCCUAUGACGAGCACCAGGUCACCGAGUCCAUUAACACCAUGCAGACAGAGCACUUGGUCCAGCCUUCAGGAGUGGAGGAAGACUUCCAGGUUGUGGAGAAGAAAGUGGAAGCAGAGUUUGAUGAGCAAGCAGAAGAGAGCAACUAUGACGAACAGGUGGACUUCUAUGGCUCCUCCAUGGAAGAGUUUUCUGGAGAAAGGUUGGAUGGGAACCUAAUUGGGCAUAGACAGGAGGCUGCCCUCGCAGCCGGCUACAGUGAGAAUAUUGAAAUGGUGACGGGGAUAAAAGAAGAGGCGUCCCACUUAGGAUUCUCAGCCACUGACAAGCUGUAUCCUUGUCAGUGUGGGAAAAGUUUCACACACAAGAGUCAGCGAGAUCGACACAUGAGCAUGCACCUCGGUCUUCGCCCUUAUGGCUGUGGUGUCUGUGGUAAGAAAUUCAAAAUGAAGCACCAUCUCGUGGGUCACAUGAAAAUUCAUACAGGCAUAAAGCCCUACGAAUGUAAUAUCUGUGCAAAGAGAUUUAUGUGGAGGGACAGUUUCCACAGGCAUGUGACUUCUUGUACCAAGUCCUAUGAAGCUGCAAAGGCUGAGCAGAAUACAACUGAGGCUAACUAAAAAUAGGGUCUGGCCCUUGAGUGGCAUGCACAAAAAUAAACUAUGGUAAUUAAUGCAAAUCUGGGCACAGAUGAUGCGUGCCACUUGCUAUUAUGAGAGAAGCUUAAAAAGAAAAAAAAGGAAGAUAUUUCUGAAAGACCAGCUCUAAGUAGGCCAAUUAAAAAAAUUUAAUUCCUCAAAUUUAUAUGUUCUGGUCCUGGUCUAGAAUGGAUGAUGGGGAUAAGUUCACCCAGUGCCCAGCUGGCAAGACAGCCUUUCCAGCUAGCAGUGACUGAGGCAGUGGACUUGGUGGCAGACUAACCCACCAGUGCACUCAGGUGGUAGCAGUUUUCUAUCAUGCAGUGCCCUGGGGUCAGGGUGCUGCAGGGUGCUGCUCCUGGUGGCUGCAGAGUUGUGAGGCUUUGCGUUGGUAGUGCAUCACUGGAUGCUACUCUACUCGAGACUACAGCAGCCUGACUCCUGGGCUGAGAUGUGAACAGAGCUCUUUCAUGUCUAGUUUCAUGCUUUCUAAAGUUCUAGCUGAAACUAUGGUGAUGUUAGAUAGACCUGAGUCCAAAACAGGUGACAUGGCUCCUGUCAUAGUGCUGCAGACUCUUGACAAAGCACGAUUGUGUGUUUAGUUCUAAUUGGGGGUGAACCAUUGUGUCUCCUUUUAAGUCUAUGGGUGACAGAGAUAGGUGUUUCUAGUUGGUUUGUAACCCUAAGCUUCCUCAUUUAAUGGUAGCAUCCGGGCUAGACUUCCAGCCUGCAGUGACUCAACACAGUACUGGCAGUGUCCUGUGGCCCCCUGCCUUAGAUCAUGGUGCUUCCCAACAAGGGUUAGCCAGGGAUGCAUGACUAAGAGUUACCUGUGAGCGGGACACUCCCAUGCUCAGAGUGAGAGAGAGUGUUGGCAGAGGCAGCAACUUAUAAACAGAAGGCUAUACUUGAGAAAAGUCUCAAAAAUACACUGGUCUGGGGGAUGUGGUUUUAGAGGGUACACUGAACAACACUGUCACUCAGCUCCUUAUGAGACCAGGAAUGUGAGUUCAAAGUGGGAAGAGAGUCCUACCUUGAGCAACGUCAUCUAACAGAUGAUGUUCCGUAGUCGGAGAGAAAGCUGUACACAUCCAAGUCCCAGUAGCUUAUACCCGCUCAGGGAAGAAAGGCCGCUCACCCUGCAUGGCCUGAUCUGCCUGGAGUUGGAAAGAAGUCUUGUGUUUAAGCAUGUGAUAGGCCUGAGGCUCUUACUGGGUUGUCUAGUGUGCUUUUCUUGACUAGGAUAGCAUUCUGACCAAAGGCAGCUCAGGGGAGAAAGGGUCUUUGUCAGCUUACACUACCACGUCACAAUCCAUUCCUGACGGAUUUUCAGCAGGAACUUGAAUAUUGACAGGCAAGACUAUCAACCACAGAUGUGCCCACAGGUUGCUCUGAUUUGGGCAAUCCCUCAACUGAGACCCCCUUCCCAGAUAACUAGGCCACGUUAAAUUGUCAGAGCAAGCUAGACAACAGGGCAGGGUGUUGCUCCUAUGUCAUCUAUUAUUAUUGCUAAGUAGAAACUUCUUUUUCUUAAAAUAAAAAUUAUUUUUCUUGGCUUUGGGGUGAAAUUUUGUUUUUAAAGUUUGUCUUUCUCUAAUGUGACAGACAUUUCUGGCAAGGGUUUCUGAUCAUAAGGCUUCUGACACCUUUGACCUUUGUUUGAAAAGGGGAAAGAAAAUUGGGACUGCCAGUAAAUGCUUAUGAUCAAGA